GCAAGUGCGGAAGAAACGGCAAAGAGUGUGUGCAGAGUGAGCAAAAGGGUACCCUCAGCCCCUCCACCUCGGCCCCACCAACCCGCCUGUGCCGGCCAAGCCCCUCAGCCUCGCCCUCGCCCCCAAACCCUGUUUUAACUUCUGCCCCCACUUAACGACGACCAAUGCCCAGCCGGGGAGCCCGCAGGAGGCUGCGGAUUGGCCGGCCGCGCGGUUGCCGAGGUGACGGGUGGGUCUGGCGGGGACCCCAUGGGUGGGGUUGGUGGUUUGGGGAGGCCGGGGGUUUCCGCCCCGGCGCGCCCCGGCCCUCGCCCCGCGGUGGCGGGAAGGGCGGCCCCCGCGCGCCCCCUCUGGCCUCCCGUCGGGGCGCGCCGCCCUCCGCCUCCGUCUCCGCCCCCAGGACGUGCGGCCGCCGGCUCCGAGCGCGGCUCCCCUGCUUGCGGCGCGAUGGGCUGCGGGAACUCCACCGCCGCCAGCGCGGGAGCCGGCCGAGAAGAUCAAGCUUCUGCCUGGGACCUCCUGGGAUGUUAGAUGGUGAACCCAGCAUGGAAGAGGCCCUGAGGGUGCUUGCCUGGAGCCUGUGCAGUCAAGGCCCUGCAGGAGCAGCCAAAGAUGUAGCAGAAGAAUCGAUAACGGAAGAUGACAAGAGGAGAAACUAUGGAGGGGUGUAUGUCGGUCUACCAUCUGAAGCUGCCAAGAUGGUAUCCAAUCAAACAAAGACUGUACGAAAAAAUUAGAAGAAAAUGUCAUGCAUUGACUUAAUAAUCAAGAGCUUGCUGGUUAGAGUUUGGAAGGAAUUCCACUCCAUGGGACACUGUAAUGUGCACAGACAUGUUCAAGGAAAUGCUAAAGGCCCCCUACUCUGCCUCCCCAUCUCCCCACCUCCCACAAAAUUCUUAAGUCUGUAGUUAAAACCAUGGGUACGUUGUGAUACUAGAAAGGAAUUGAUUAAACAGUACAGCCGCAUAUGGAACUUUCUGUGGUCGAACUGCAAAAGACAGGCUAACAAGCUGUUGCUGCCCAGCCGGCCUGCUGUGUUCCAGCCACAUUUCACCCUGGCCAUUCAGCAUGGUUCAUGAAGAUCAUGUGUUUUCACUGACACUUUUUUGAUAGUUUUUAUAUAACAAAAUCCUUAUUCUAUUUAUACCUUAAGAGAUAGUAAGGCACUGUAAAUGAAUUACAUACAGUAAUAUAUUUGUUAAUUUUCACUAUUUCUACUUCAUAUUAAUUUUUAGCUGUAAGAUUAUUAAAUUGAUUCCUAUUGUUACCUCUUUCCCUUUUUACUGUUUGGUUUUCAGCUUUAUUUAAAUAUCAGAGAACUUCCUGGCUGUAUUACAUUGCAACAUUUAAAAACAAACUGCUGAAAUUUGCAUACCAUAUGCACAUCUUGAUUAAUUUCCUAUUUUCUUUAGGCAAAGACUGUUUAACUACAAAUACUUCAUAGCCAUUGGGUCUCCCAUUCUACCUUGGUGUGAUCACAGGAUCUCAUGUUAAUUCUAUAGUAUUUUCAAGGACUUGUGACUGACAGUUAGUGGGAUAUUUUGAAGGUUCUUACUUUGAUAAUGACCAUGUGUAUCUACUUACUACUGCAAUGUAAAUCCCUCAAUUUACCAAUGUAUUUCAAUAAUUAAAACAUUUUUAUCCCUCUUUA